AGGAACGCCCCGCGGCAGACCCGGCAGCCGAGAUGGCGGCGCCGCAACCGUGCUCGGACAGCUCCUGCUGCUCACACCCCGGUGCGGUGCCCGGGGUACAGCAGACGCUGGAGGAGAUGGACUUCGAGAGGGGAAUCUGGUCAGCAGCCCUGAAUGGAGACCUGGGCCGAGUGAAGUAUUUCAUCCAGAAGGCCACGGACCCUAGCCAGCCUGACUCUGCUGGCUACACUGCGCUGCAUUAUGCUAGCCGCAAUGGACACUAUGCUGUUUGCCAAUUCCUGCUGGAAAGCGGAGCAAAGUGUGAUGCCCAGACCCACGGGGGUGCCACAGCUUUGCACAGGGCCAGCUACUGUGGCCACACAGAAAUCGCACGACUGCUGCUUUCCCAUGGGUCCAACCCCCGCCUGGUCGAUGACGAUGGCAUGACCAGUCUACACAAGGCUGCAGAAAAGGGUCACGAGGACAUUUGCUCCCUCCUGUUAGAACACAGCCCAGCCCUGAAGGCUGUCCGGGAUCGCAAAGCACGCCUAGCAUGUGACCUGCUGCCCUGCAACAGUGGCCUGCGGGACCUGUUGGCCAGCUGAGGUUCCUCCUCCUGUCUCUGGCUGCCCUUGAAGAGUACACAGACUAGCUCUCCACACCCUGCCUUGCUCAGCAUCAUCCGGAUGGGACCAGGGCCAGAAUGCCCAGAAAAGCCCACGUCUGGCCAGUAUGGGAGCCAGAAGGGAGGCUUAGGAGGGCUGAAGACUGUGAGCUUGGACAGGUGAUCAUAGAAGUUAGUCCUUGUAGAAACAGCUAUCCAUUUGGAAGAAAAUAAAGCUUAUAUCUUGACAAUAUCCCACAGACAAAGAUAAAUUUCAAGAUACAGAGACCUAAAUAUAAAAAAGCAAAACUUAGCCGGGCGGUGGUGGCGCACGCCUUUAAUCCCAGCACUCGGGAGGCAGAGCCAGGUGGAUCUCUGUGAGUUCGAGGCCAGCCUGGGCUACCAAGUGAGUCCCAGGAAAGGCGCAAAGCUACACAGAGAAACCCUGUCUCGAAAAACCAAAAAAAAAAAAGCAAAACUUUGAAGUAUUAGAAAAAAAUAUAGAGUGUCUAACAAAAGCUGUUUCCUAGCUGAAUCAGCUUGGUGCAAUGCUCUUUUUUUAACCUGCUUGUUCCUCAGUCCCCACUCCUCCCCACACACACCUAGAAUGAUUAGACUAGGCCUGCCUUAGGGUUACUCUGGGUCUGAGGAAGUCCAUGGAGGGCACUCUAGUGAGUGCACUACAUUACAGGCAGCAUGGGAGAGUACCCACUACCAGGCCUGGCCUGGCAGUGCAGGCCUGAAAUACCAGCUGCUCAGGAGGCUGAGGCUACAGAGGAAUUCAUGGCCAGCCUGGGCAACAUAGACCCCGUUUCAGUAGUUCAAUGGUGGAGUGCUUGCCUGACAUGCAAAAGCCGUACGUUCAGUCCCUAAUACAAUGGGGAGAAACAGUGCCCAGUCCCAAAGUCUAACUGAUACUGGCUUUUAUUCCAGAAUUUCAGUUCUAGAAGUCCAGUCUGUACAAAGUGUAACUGUGCCAGGUGUAGUUACACACACCUUUAGUCAUGGCGCCCAAGGCAGGAGGAUCUCUUGGAACUCCAGGUCAACCAGAGCUACAGAGACCUGGUCUCCAAAAACCGUGUAAUUAUAACUGCUUUUUUGUUUGUUUUGCACUGCUUACUAGUGAGACUGCACACCUGUCUUUGACCUUCCUAUUUACACCUAUUUAAAAUGUUUUUGUUCUUGCUACGUAGUCUAGGCUAGCCUCCAACUUGGAGCCAUCCUCUGGCCUCAGCCUCCUGAGUGUUGGGAUUAUAGGUAUGCGUCAGCGCAUCCAGCUUGCCAUGUUUUUAUUGAUUCACAGGAACUUUAUAUUAGAAUAUUGAGCCUUUGCUUUGGGUGUAUGCCUAUAUAUAGAGAAACAUGUAUAAUAUAUGCCUUAUAUAUGUGUAUUAAAAUUUUCUUUGGUACUA